CUUGGCGUCAACUCAACGGAGAUCUGCUUGUGACCUACUCUAAUUGGCUGGAGCACUCUACUCUACACUACUAGUGUCCUAUUCCUUACUCACCUUGUCUGCCUGCUCCUGUAACGAUAAUCCCAUCCCGUAUCCUUUUACGACCCCCUCCUACCCUUCCUCUCGCCCAGAACCUCGGAACCCCUCAGUGGAGCUGCUUUCCCCAACGACAGAUCCACGAACUCUUACCGCCCCCUCACAAGCUCUUUGUUCGCUAGAGAAGCUCUCCUCCCCUUCCUCGUCGGCAAGAGAGAGCACAAGAUUCCGAAACCAUGGUCUCUCUAUUAGAGAUCCAGAAGAACGCUGUCAUUGAGGCCAUACGGACUACAAACCCCCCGAAUACGUGGCGAUGUGUCGUCACCGACGAAAAGAGCUACAGGCUGUUGACGAAUGUGAUGGAGGAGCACCAUAUUUUGGACGAGAAAGUGUCGGAGGUGAGGAAGAUCGAGGAGAAGCGCGUGCCACAGCCCAUGGAAUGUAUCUAUAUCCUCACGCCAGACGAUUUCUCGGUGAAGUGCCUGAUCUCCGACUUUGCGCGGGAACGGCCACGGUACACUGCUGCGCAUCUGUUGUGGACUUCUGAGCUCGAUAAUCAGUUGCGGCAGCAAAUCCUCAAUUCCCCAGCUCGUGGUUUCAUACGCGGCGAACGUGUCCUCUCGAUCGAUUUCUUCCCCCGCGAGUCCCAUCUCUUUACCAUGCGCGAGUCCACCUCAUUCUUCAACCUAUACCACCCGGAGUGUCGGGGCUUGGUGUCGCAGCAUCUCGCCGACAUGGCGCGUAAGAUCGUGUGUGCGUGUGUAUCGCUCGGAGAGUAUCCCACAAUCCGAUACUACCGACCUCCGGGGUUUAUGUUGCACGAGGCACGCGUACUGUCGGAGAUUUUGGCAAAGAAUGUCCAGGAAGAGCUGGACGAAUACACAAAGAGACACCCGGAGUUCCCGCCACCCGCGGGAAAUCGCCCACGUGGUGUGUUGUUCAUCGUAGACAGAUCCAUGGACCUGUAUGCGCCAUUCCUGCACGAGUUUACGUAUCAGGCCAUGGCACAGGAUCUUCUCGACAUCAAGGAAGGGGAUACGAUCACGUACAAGGUGGACAUAACGACCUCGACGGGGGAGUCGGAGGAGAAGGAGAUGACCAUCAGCGACGAGGACCAGGUCUGGGUUGCCAACAGGCAUCAACACAUGAAGGAUACCAUCGACCAGCUGAUGGCCGACUUUGAUAAGUUUUUGGGAGACAACAAGAACUUCGUCGACAGCCAGUCGUCGACAAGUCUGUACGCCAUCAGGGAUAUGAUGGCUAGCUUGCCGCAAUACCAGGGUCAGAAGGAUAUGUACUCGUUACAUUUGACUAUGGCCCAGGAAUGUAUGGGUCAGUUUGAAACGAAGAAGUUGCCGGAGGUUGCGCUUUUAGAACAGUCACUCUCGACUGGACUGGAUGAAACCGGUCGUCCACCACGAAAUGCUGCCGAUACUCUUGUCCGACUCCUGGAUGAUCCGGCUCUAGGACCUCCUGAGCGAUUACGUUUGAUAAUACUCUACUUACUCUUCAAAGACGGCCUGCUGGAAGGCGACCUUCAGAAGCUGAUCUUCCACUCGGUCCUACGGCGCAUUGACGAGCGCGUGGUCCGCUCCCUCCACCUCCUCGGCGCCCGCAUCACCAAACCUCUGAAAGAUCCCACACCCAACCGCAACAGGUUCCGGAAACCCCGGCCUCUACCCGGAGCCGACGAAGAGCCCAACGACUUCUCACGGUACGCAACCGCGAUGAAGCAGAUGCUCGAGGACCACAAAUCUGGCGUUCUGGACCCCUUGAUCUUCCCCUACAUCAAGCCCGAACUAGUAUCUAUGAGUACCGGAAGCUCCACCGACUCGGGUUCCCAAUCCCUCCGCUCCGCCAAACCCACCUGGGCCGCCAAAUCCCGCAACUCCAUCAUCGAGCCCCGCCAACGUGUGAUUGUAUUCAUGGCCGGCGGCGCAACCUUCUCGGAAGCGCGCGUCUGCUACGAAAUGUCCCGCGCCUCUCUCCGUGACGUAUUCCUCGGCACCAGCCACAUGAUAUCACCCAAUUCCUUCCUCUCGCAACUCCAGGGCUUAUCCGAAUCGCGGGACAAACUCAAGAUGCCGGCCGAUGUCCCGGUAAAGACGGUACCGAAGCAUCUCACGGACCCCGAUCCGGUAAUCCCAAAGCCUGCGCCACCACCGCCACCACAGCCUGUCCAUAGACCUGCUGCACCAGCGACACCGGCACCGCAAGCCCAUGCGCCCCCAGUAAAGGAGAUGGGCGGGCUCACCGUGCAUCAUAAGCCUAACCGUCCGUACUACGAGGAGGACAAGAAGAAGAAGAAGAAGAAGUUUGGUAUGUUUUAGAUGCGUGGAUGCGUGGAGUGGUGAUUAGGGUGGGGGGUUGUAAGAAGAUUGGACGACGGUGUGCGCUUUUUUCUUUUUUUUUCUUCUUUUCUUUCUGUCCCCGUUGGCGUAAAUAGGGAUAUAAUUCUUUGUGUUGUAUUUGAUUUCUAAAGUCGGUUCUUUUAUGCGAAUGGUGUGUUUUAUUGAUUGAUUGAUUGAUUGAUUGUUGAUUGAUUGAUAUUGAUACCUGCUCAGCUCAUGCCGUGGAUUUUUUUGUAAGUAAAGUAAAGUAAAGUAGCACC